AUGGAGGAGUGUGAGAGUCUGGACUCGGAGAUGACGGAGCUUCAGAGUGAAGCUUCGGAGGCCAUCAGCCAGGACGAUGAGGACGAGGUGGAGGAACUGCAGAACAGCCUGCGAGAGGUUACCAAGGACCACUCUGUGAAGCCCAAUAUCCAGUGCCUGAUGGUGGAUCCAUCAUUCUCAAUGGUAACAGUUCAGAGCGAGGACAGUGGUAUUGUUUGGGAGACGGCCUCUAGCCGCUGCUCUACCCCCUGGGCCUCUGAGACAAGCUCUAUCUCUGAAGGCUACAGCAUGGAGGGCUCCGGAGCCGCAGGAAAGAUAACCAUCGUCUUCGAUGAGGAGAAAGUAAUCCGCAGGAGGACAAGGUCUGGAGGAAGGAGCCGGCUGGGGGACAGGCUGAGCAGACCUGGUAGUUCAAGAUCGGCUUCAGCUCUGGGAGUGGAGAGACUGGAGAUGAUGGAGGUUUCUCUCCCAAAUGUCAAACAGGAGAAAACCCAAACAGAGCCGGACUUGGAGGAAAUCAAAAGCAAAGAUCAGCAGCUGUUUAGUUUGAUUUCAGAGGGUUAUGAGAUUCUCAACAUCAGAGUCCCCUCCAAACUUCCCACUGUUGAUGAGGAAGAGAGCACAGAGCUGCAGGACAAUUUGUCUUAUUUGGACCAGACUCCAAAGAUCAAGUCUCGAAACCACCAUGAGUGGACACAACAGAAUCAUGUCCUGCCAGCGGAGGAGGAAUUACUGGAUGACCAAGAGGUAUUUAUUGAUUUGAGUGGGAUUCAUGAUGCAAAAGAGAGCACUGGUGAUAUAGACUACUUUGAGAAGUUUACCCUGGUGGAUAUAGCGGCUCCUGCGGAACAAGUUCCAGAGCUGCAGGAGGAGGCAGAACAACCUGCAGCAAAGCCCCAAGUAGAGGAGCAACAGCCAGCUAAAGAGACAGCCGCAGACAGCCCCUCUGCAUCAGAGGAAUCCUUUGUGUUUGUUACCGAUGUGGAUAUAGUCGGGGAACACCUGGAUGAGGUCUUCUACGGGGAAGGAGCUCCUGAUGAUGCAAUGCAGCGGAGAGAAGAGGAGGAGGCGGAGGCUAGGGUGAGAAUGAGACGAGAGAGUCAGAGAUCUGGGAAGCAGAAUGGUUCGGUGUUGUUUGGGAGUGAAGAGACAAUCCUCACGCCCAUUUUUAUCUCCCCUGGACCGCCUAAGAUCAUCGACCAGAUUCUGCUGGAUGAGCCCACCGCCAUGUCCUUCAUGUACUCAGACCUUUACGAGGACGCUGUAGGCGAGAGGAAGAGGAGUGACGAGGAGCACUCCGAAGCAGAGAGCGUGGCAUCUGAGAAGACUUAUAGGAGACGUUUGUCAGAUUCAGAGGAGGCGGACGGGUACCUGGAGAAGUUCACUUUGAAGGAUGAAAUUCCUGCAGUGGAGGUUCCAGCAGAGUCAGAGGAGGAGGAGAGGGAGAGGGAGGGGAGGAGGAUGUGGUCGCAGAGUAAGUUUGAAAUGACAGGAUGUCUAACAAGAGUGGUCAAAGAAGAAGACAAGGACAAGACAAAGUUAGAGGAAGAAAAGACACCGGAGGUCAGAGUUGAAAAGGGGCGCAAAGAUUUACUAACAGCAGCAUUUGAAGAAAAACAAGAGAUAGUUACAGAGACAGAAAAUGAGAGGGAGGAGGUACUACUCUCCCCGGUGACUGAAGAACCGGCUGACAGAGAAAAAGAAUCAAUUCAGGAGUCUAAACUGAUAGAGGAUCAGAUGGAGGAUCGGGAGGUGAAAGGGCAGGUGAAGGGAGACCUGACUGAUCCUCCUGAGAGUAGUACUGAUGAACCACAUCCUGAAGCUCAGCAGGUGGACAGUAAAGUAAAGAAAUCAGAGAAGGGUGAGGAGCAUCAGAGAGAAGCGCCAGCAGAAAUGGUUUUUGAAACUGAGGAGCCAUGUGAGUCACAAAAAGUGGCAGAAAAAACAGCUCAGGUGGUUGAAAGUGCUGCAGAGGAGACGACACCUGUAGGCAGCAAGGCGCCUCACAUCAUCACAGAGAGGAGUUUGUCUGAGGAGGCCGUUACUGAUACUACGAUGUUGGCUGUUGUUGAGAAAGUAUUGGCUGAGGUCAAAGCAGCUGAAGUGAAAGAACCUGAGACUGAAAGACAGGAAGUGUCCACCUCUGAAAUAGAAACAUCAGCUGGAACGACUCUGCGUGAGGAAAAAGAAGCAGCAGAAGUUGUUCCUGAGGAUGUUGCACCUGUUGAGGUCAUUACAGACUGUGAUGCUUCAGUGCACGCGCUGGUGGAGGUAACUGAAAAAGCAUUGGAUGAGAAAGAGAUCCAAACUCAAGUUCAGAUUGAUCUUCAGGAGGUUACAAGUGUUGAAAGGACAGAUGUUCCAACAGCUAAAGAAGAGGAAGAACAUGGCGUUCUAACAGAGGAACCUGCAGUUGAGAGCCAGUUGCAUGGAUUUAUUACUGAAGCUGAUCAGGAGUCAGAAGUUAAAGCAGAGAUUUCAACUGAAGUAACUGUGAUGCCCAAAGAAGUCGAGACAGAUUCAGAGAAAAAACAGCAUGAAAUUCUUGAACCCAAGCAGCUUCAGCAAGAGGAGUCGGUAACUGACAGUGAGCUGAUAACUGAAGAUAAAACCCCCACAGAGGACGCUGGGGCUGUUGCUCAGGAGAUGGUCAAAGCAGGUGAUGAGUUAAUCCUCCUUGUCCCUAAAGGACAAGCAGUAGAGAUGGACAUAGAGAUCAGUCAGUCAUUAGAGAAGACUACAAGUGAAACAGUAGCUCUCUCUGAAGCUGACGGCACAUGUGAACAUCUCAUAGCACCUGAAAUCACCACAUCAUGCCUGGAGACUCUUCAGGCACCAACUGAAGAAACAACAACAGAGGAGCAGGACGUAAAACCAGAUGUUGUUCUAAAGGAAGAAGCAUUACCAAGGGAAGAGUUAGACAUUACUCCUCUUGCACCUGUGGAGGACGUCAACACUGAGGAGCAGAGGAUGGAUUUGGACUUUGAAGAAGACGAAGGCGUCUUUUCCCCUCUGAGGAGCUUUACUCCCCAGGAGGAUUUGUCUGGGCUACACAGAGAGGAUACAGAGGCAGAAGCAGCAGAUGUAGAGCAAAAGGCGGAGAUACACGGGGUGGAAGAUGCCCCAGAAACAAGCAUUGUUCUAGAGGAUUUUAGCCCACAGGUUGAUCUGCAGAAGGAGGAUUUGGCACAAAAGGCAGAGAUACACAGGGUGGAAGAAGCCCCAGAAACAAGCAUUUCUAAAGAAGAUUCAAUUCCAGAGGUUGAACUGCACAGUGAGGAUGUAGAGCAAAAGGCAGAGAUACACAAGGUGGAAGAAGCCCCAGAAACAAGCAUUGUUGAAGAGGAUUUAAGUCCAGAGGUUGCUCUGCAGAAAGACGAUUUGGAACAAAAGGUAGAUAUGCACAUAGUGGAAGAUGCCCCAGAAACAAUCAUUGUUAAAGGGGAUUCUAUUCCAGAGGUUGCUCUGCACAGUGAGGAUGUAGAGCAAAAGGUGGAGAUAAGCAAGGUGGAAGAAGCCCCAGAAACAAGUAUUGUUGAAGAGGAUUUAAUACCAGAGGUUGCUCUGCAGAAAGAAGAUUUGGAACAAAAGGUAGAUAUGCACAUAGUGGAAGAUGCCCCAGAAACAAGCAUUGUAAAAGGGGAUUCUAUUCCAGAAGUUGCUCUGCAGAGGGAGGAUGUAGAGCAAACGAUGGAGCAGGAGGAGGCAGCUGCAGAGGCUCUGGAGGUAAUUGCAGAGGAGCUUCAAUAUGAGGUAAUAUCUAAACAGGAUGCAAAAGAGAUGCCGGAACCUGAAACACAGAAAACUACAGAGGAACCAAAACCUGAGUCUGCUCAGGAGGAGAGAGAAGAGAGGAUGGAGAUGGCGAUGGCAUUGAAGAAGGAGGAGGAGACGGAGAAGGAGGAGAAAUUCUUUGGUCUGUCCCCUGAAGAAGAGCUCAUUGAGGAUGAUUAUGAAAUCAUCGAUGCAGAGGAGGAGAGUCAGGCCCGGCUGGCUGCUGAGCUGCAGGGGAUGGACUGGUUCUGCCUCUCGUGUGGAUGUCUGAUGUCAGAGGAAGACUGUGUGUCUGGAGAGCAUCACGAGCACGAAGUGACUGCUGUGGACCAAGCCUACGAGGAAAUAAAGGAGAAGCUGAGUGACUGGAUCUCGGAUCUUCAGGCGAGGUCAGAGAACAUUGAGGAUCUGGUGUCUGAGCUCGAACUGGCCUACAACUCUGUGGAGGACCAGUGUGUGGAGAGCGAGGCAGCGAUGCAGGCGCAGAACGAGGAGAUGAUGGCUCAGGUGAUGGAGCAGUACAAUAACAUGUCUAUCAGCAUGGAGGAGGAAAAGAAGGCCAAGCUGGAGCAGCUUUACGACCAGAUUGUCUCCUUCCAGGAGAGCAUCGACUCCGCAAAGGGCACUCUGGAGACCACGGCCAGAGAGGCUGACACUGAGGCACGGUCACCUGAAGACAUUCAAGCAAGUCUUAAAGCAGCUCUGGACUCAGCCAUGUCACUGGAGCUGGGUCCAAAGGGACUGCUGGUGUUCGAGGACUAUGCCAAGGGCAACACUUCCAGCUCUCACCUUGCACAGCGCAAGGGAAUCCCAGUGCCUCAGAGGCCAACGCUGCAGCUUCAGGAGCCAGGCUCAGCCACCAGCACCAGUGUCACUGUUUACUGGAAGGUCAACCCUGGAGAUAUCAUAGAUUGCUUCCAGGUCUACUGCAUGGAGGAUCCACAUGGAGCUGUGUCGGAGGAGUACCGUGUGACAGUGAAGGAGAGUUAUUGUGUCCUGGAGGAGCUGGAGCCUGAUAAGACCUACAAGGUGUGGGUGAUGGCUGUCAACUAUACAGGCUGUUCCCUGCCCAGCGAGAGACUCGCCUUCAGAACUGCUCCAUCAGUGCCGGUGAUUGACACAGAGCGCUGCACCGUCAUGUGGGAUUCAGCCACUCUGCGGUGGAGCUCAGCUAAUCAGACGCCUGAGCAGAGUUUCACCCUGGAGUACUGUCGCCAGUAUGAACUGGAGGGAGAGGGGCUCAGGUCCAUCUCAGGAAUCAAAAGCUGUGAACAGAAAGUUCUCCUGCAGCCCAAUGAGAAUUAUUUAUUUUACAUCAAAGCUGUGAAUGAGUCUGGAGCCAGCGAACAGAGCGAGGCUGCUCUCAUUUCCACCAAAGGGACAAGGUUCCGCCUGCUGAAGGCCUCAGCUCACCCUGCUCUGGAUCUGUCGGUGGAUCAGACCACCCUGCACUACUCUCAGGAUGCACAUGAAAACACCGAAUCUCCAGACAAACAAUGUCCAUCCAUCCUGGGUGAGUUGUUGCCGGCACAGGGACUUUACUACUGGGAGACCCUCGUGUCGGGAAGCACAGCGUACAGGCUUGGAGUGGCGUGCAGCACAGCCAAUAUGAACAGCCCACUGGGAGAAAACAGCCUGUCAUGGUGUUUGCAGAGUAUCCCAUCACCAUCAGGCUGCAGGUACCAGCUGCUGCACAAUGACGUUCAGUCCACUGUGUUUGUGAUUGCAAUGCCGGAGCGGGUGGGUACUCUCCUUGAUUACCAACUCGGCCGUUUAUCUUUCUACAACGCUGACAGUGGUCAGUUGUUAGGCACUUUCUGCCAUCGCUUCACCCAGCCAUGCCACCCGGCUCUGGCUCUGGAGAUGCCGGGCAGCCUCGAGGUCAGCAUGGUGCCGGAGGUGCCGGAGUUUACCAAAGACAGCUAGCUCUGCUACCUGCCUCACUGAGGAGUUUACAGUUCAUGUUGGACAUACUGUAUGUUAAUUUGAAUGAUCUUACUAUAUAAUGAUUAGAAUUACUUUUAUUUUAUUACCAAGAAAACUGCAGUUAUGACACAGGACAUGAAAUAUAUUCAUAUUCACAGUAAAGGAUAAGAGAUACUGGAUCCCGUUCUUCUGUACAGACCUCAUGCAUGUAUUUUAAUGAGAUCAAACCUCAUCAAUUUAGUGUAAGUUUUCUCUCAUUAACAGGAAAUCAAUUCAACAUUUAUAUUUUUUCAAACAAAAAUUCAAAGUUGUUAAAACAAACCAAAAGCAGAGACAGUAAAAUUGAAUAAUGCUGUGAAAUACAACUGGAUAGAGAUUUUGUGCCUUGAUUUUUUUUUCUUUCUUUUUUUUCCACACAAAUGAGUGUUUUGUUUUGUUUCCUCAAGUGAAAUAUUGUGGAUCAUUUUUGUAAAUCUGACCACAUAACAUUUGCUGAUGUGAUUGUACUGUUCAGUCAUCUCCUCUUUAGUUAAACCCUUAAUGAUACUGUGAGUAAAGGGUCUGACUCAUGGAUGGAUUAUACGAAUGAGUUCAGUAAUCCAUCAUGAUCUGACUGCAUUUAAAAUGUAAACACACACUGCAUCAUAACUAGAACAAAAUCUUUUGUCAACACAAAGUUUAAACACUGACUUCAAAGCUCCAAGAAUCAAACUGUGGCACUUUCUGUAUUUGAUAUUGUGAAAUUAUGUAAAUAACUUUGUAAACAUAUGUGAUCUCUUCUAUAUUUUGUUACGUUCAACUCGCAACAAGUGGAGAUACUGUUUUCCUCCUUUUUGUCUUGUAAACUGAUUUUCACAUCUGAGCUCAAUGAACAUGUUUAUUUUUCUAUUUGCACAA